UAGAAUAUCAGCUGCAAGUUUCGUGCUCGAUGUACGGUCUAUCUAUGUUCAUCUGCAGAGUGUGCUUGCUUCUACCGAAAGGUUCUCCAUCAUAAGUUCGCGCGCCCAAUUUCCAGAUUGUUAUCGUCCCGACUUGUUGCGAUCGCAGCAAGCACUCAUCGGGAAAGGUCUCUUUCCAUCUCUUCCACGAUCUAGAUCCGCCUCCGUAUUCAUCCGCCUCCUCCCGUAUCCGCAUUCUUCCGUGCUGCUGACAUGCCAGUGUCCGAC